ACCACAACAAACGGACAAAGAUGGCUCCAUUUAAACUUAAAUUUCGCAUGGGCAGCUCGCGUAGCACUUCACAGGAACAUGAACCCGAUCCUCAGGUAAAUGAGGCCCUGCUAAAUCAUCAGACCAGUGGGGCAAUUGGUGCCAGUAGUUCGACCAUAGAUUCCGUGGACUGUAACAGUUUGGUGUCGCUAAAUACCAGCGAACGUAAACUGUUGUUGCCAAACAAAGGCAACACUCUGAGAAUGGGCUUCAUAAAUCAGAAUCAAGGGGAAAAUAUACCCACCACACCGCCACCAACAUAUGAACAUGUUUUAGAAGAGCAACGACAAUUGGCCAUUGCCGGCAUUAACAUCAGCAUCAACAACGACGAUGAUGAACAACUUCAUUUGAACGAACUGGAACAAUUGAGUCUCAACGAAUUACCCUGCACCGAUCCCAAUUGUCAAGAGAAUUACGCCAACAACAACAACCAUCACAAUAUCAAUCCCAUUAAUAACAACAACGAAGCAGCAGCCGCAUCCGCAUCCGCAGCAUCAUCGUCAGCCAUCGCAUCCAAUUCGAUCAAUUCCAAUACCAUCGACACAUUAGGCAACAACGAGCAUUUACAUCAUAAGGACGACGACACCGCUCCGGAGGAUCCGGAUAAUAAUCUUGAAGACGAUCGCAAGGAGUCAAUUGAUUCGCAGGAAUUACUAUUGGGUGACAACAUGACUGACUCAUCUUCCGAGCAGGAUAGGGAUCAAAUGGUGGACGAUAACAGUUGCACCGGCAAUUGUCAACAGUAUUCGGAUGGCACGGCAUCGUGUUCGGGCGGUGGUUCCGGUGGUGGGAUGCAAGGCGAACAUAAUCAGAGUAAUGAUUUCUAUGAUCCAUUGAUGAAUCAUGGAAUCUAUUGUAAUGAUGCCUCCCAUUAUGAUGAGGAUUAUCAGAGUCAACACCAACAAAUGUACGACAACGAUGGCAAUUCAGGUGAAUGCGAUGAAUCCUGUACGAGUGAACAUCAUUGGGACAUGAAUCCGCAGUCGAGCUCGCAUCAAAGUCUAUAUUGUGGCGACAGUAGUGAACAGCAGCACCUGCAACAACAACAUCAGCAGCAGCAACAACAACAACAGUAUUAUCAACAACAAUUGGAACGUUCACUGACACCGGAAAUAAUUAGCAAUAAAUCAUCGAAGGAAAUCUACAAGGAUUUGGCUAAACAAUGCGGCAUAACGUGUAAAAUGUCAGACGGCUGUCGGUGUAUGGAAUGUCAGAGUCAUUAUUUUGAUUGUGAAUAUGAUGAUAAUGAGCAUCAAAAGACCGAUGGUGGUUUGGGAGCUGGUACACCCAUGUUCAUUACCGAAGUUAUGCACGGUUCAGCCUGUAAUAUUUUGUAAACUGGUGCCGAAUAUU